AUGAAGGCCGCCUCGAGUCAAGUUCAAGACUCGUUUAAGUUCUUUGUUGAUUCAUCUGGAACUUUGGAUACCGAAGAGGUUAGAUGGUUGAGUGAGGACCAGGAUCUCAUCAUGAAAAUAUAUCAACGGAAAAGCCUCAAUCUCGUCGAACCGCCAGUGAUCAUGCUGAAGGCAAUGACGAUGGAAAAGUUCAGCUCUCGGCCGCAAUCGGAUCACGGCCUUUCCUCCAAGAUGUUGAAAACCCCGAGGAGAACCGCCAGAUGGGGAGAAAAUGCCAAAAAGAUCAAUGCAACUAAGAUGAUUGAGCCCAACGCAGACUCAGACUUCUUGUUAAGGGCAAACCCCCUUUACGCCGGGACUCUUCUUGUCGAUGUUGGAGCCAUGGUGGAAGAGGCCGGAGUUGCCUUGGCAAACCAUCAUCUGUCGAUAUUCACUCAGGUUGAAAUUGAUGUGAACUCUGUUGGCGCUCCCUUGGUCGUUCCUUUGGCAGCAAGGAAGGCGCCAAGGAAAGGCACUCCCUUUCCUUGCUGUCUUGACAGCAAGGAAGCACCACAACUCCGUAAGGAAGAGUUGCUGCAACCCGAGUUAUUCUGCGUCGCCCAUCUCUACAACGCCCUCCAUAGGUUCGACCUCCUCGAUGUACACUGGACUGAUAUUGAUCGGAUCAUCGAGCAGCACAAAGGCGCUAUUUUCGCCAAUGGCAUUUCCAGUAGUCCCAAAGACGCGGUGGCCCGGUUUUCCUACCGAACAGGGCUUUCAACACGGAAUUUUCGUCACUUCAACACGAAGAUGCCAUGGAGAUUUCGAACCACGUCAGUGACUCAGGCCCUUCGCGGCUUCUUUAGCUCAAAGGAGUCGUUGUCUCGCCUCACGGACAAUCUACGAACCCAAGCUGAGUCACACCAGCCGAAGGUCUACGGCCAGGGUCCGGAACGGUCAGCUUCUCUAAAGACUGGCAAAAGCAACAAGACAUCGAUACUCACACCGCGCCAUUCCCUUCUUGAGAUGGGUCGCUACAUUGAAGCCAUCCUGCCCGACGUCGAACUGGACUACGCUACCCUGACGAAAAUCUUCAAUAAGCUCCUGAAGCAACUUCGCGCACGCAUACUAUCCAAGUUCGGUAUUGAUUAUCCUACCAUCCAGCAGUAUCCUGGCGAUUCGAAUGAUCAUAGCUUAUUGCUUGUCGUCUUGGGAAUCGUCACAGAGGCAAAAGAAGUGUCGACGAAGCGAUACAGAGGCAAGAAGACUGAGAAUGAAGACGGGAAUGACGUAUGGAAGAAUGCUCCGCAGGUGGUCCUUGCGAGGGAUAUGCUGGAGACGUGCAUCGGGAGACUCUAG